AUGUCGUCUUCUCUUUUGGCGCUUGGGCUUGGUGCUCUUGGCGUAUUUGCUGCCCCACUUGGGCCUACUGUCACGUUAGAUUUUGGCACGUUCAGAGGCAUUUCAGAUUUUCUGACCGGCACCGACACGUUUUAUGGGCUGCCUUUCGCAGAACCGCCUACUGGACAACUCAGAUUGCGUCCACCGCAAUCAUUCACCACCAAUUAUGGCACCACUAUUCAGGAUGCUUCAGUUCCCAAGUCGGAUUGUCCACAGCAGGCAGUCAGCCUCGUCUCUUCUGAAGCUCUGGUUUAUCUUCGUACAUAUGCUGGGCCGAAUUUUACGGCGUAUCUCUCUCUUACUGGAACAGGUUCAGAAGAUUGUCUAUACAUGAAUAUUAUUCGUCCUAGCACAGCUACUCCUGGGUCCAAGCUCCCUGUAAUGUUCUGGAUAUUCGGGGGUGGCUUCGAACUGGGAGGCAUAUCUGAGUACGACGGGUCUCACCUUGUACAACAAUCUAUAUCCAUGCGUCAAGAUGUCAUCUGGGUUGCAGCAAACUAUCGGGUGUCGGCAUGGGGCUUCAUGCCUGGACAAGAAGUUCAAGAUGACGGCGCCGCCAACAUUGGUCUCCGAGAUCAGCUAUUUGGAGAAUCUGCAGGCGCCAUUUCGAUCGCCUUCCAGCUUCUCAUGUACGGCGGCCAAACGAACGGCACAUUCAGGGCGGCAAUCAUGGAGAGCGGAUCUUCGGUCCCAGUCGGUCCUUUAUCUUACGGACAGUCCAUCUUCGACCAGAUUGUAGACUUCACGAACUGUUCGGCAGCUAGCGACAAGUUGGAAUGUCUUCGGGGCUUGGACGAGAACACUUUCAUGCAGGCAGUAGCCAUUACCCCAAAUGUGGAAUCGGCAUUCGUGAAUUUACAUCUCGCAUAUCUUCCGAGAACUGACUAUGACACCAUUCCCGACCUGCCACAAAAUUUAUUGCGUGCUGGGCGCUUUGCUAGACUCCCUGUAAUCAGCGGAGAUAAUGAAGAUGAAGGGACCAUCUUCCAGUUCACUUCUCUGAAUGUCACCACUAACGACGAAUUCGCAUGUUAUGCCAAAGAGAUGUUCCCGCUUUUAUCAAACUCAACUCUGUCAAUGCUUCUUGAGGCAUACCCAGAGGAUCCCGCUAUAGGAUCCCCUUAUAACACCGGCGACUUGUAUGCCCUGACACCACAGAAUAAACGGAUUGCGUCUUUUCUCGGCGAUACAACCUGGAAUGCAGCUCGGCGUUUUUUCUCCCAGAUCUACGUGAACGCGUCGGUUCCCAUCUGGUCUUAUUUGUUCAGCCAUACGAACACGAUCCCUUUCUUGGGCGCUUUCCACGCAUCGGAGAUCCCGUUUGUUUAUGGGGACAUUCCCGAUCUGACUUCGGUGCAAAUGAGGGCUUCCUGGAUCUCCUUCGCAAACACCCUCGACCCGAAUAAUAUUGGCGAGUUUGGGAUAGGCAUUGAUCUCCCGUAUUGGCCCCAAUACGGUACCGAUGGCGUGCAAAUGGAGUUUGGACCGCUAGCUUCUUGGUUGACAUACGACACCUAUCGGGAGAACUCCACGGAAGUGGCGAGUAGUAAUAUUGAUGAAUUUACGAUCUAG